AUGGCGAGCGUAACCGAAAGCACGCCCCGAACCCCACUGGGUAUGGAGCCUCAAGACAGCCUUGCUUCUCGAACGGUUCCAAUUAUUGCCUCCUCCUCCACCUCCAACCCUCCCGUCAUCAAGACAUCGGCCGCCUCUCCCCGGGGCGAUCCAAUGGAAAUCACGACACCGACUGACAAGCGGCCACAUGGCAACGGCGCCGACUCGACCGACCGCUACAACAACAGCUCAUCUGGCGAAUACUCGACAGCCCCAGCGCACACGCCGACGUCCUCUACGACAACGAUGCCUGCGCCCGCGCCCGCGGCAGCUGCCGCUGCCGUCCACCAGCCCAAGAUUGUGCAAACAGCCUUCAUACAUAAGCUAUACAAUAUGCUCGAAGAUCCAGCCAUCCAGCACCUGAUCAGCUGGUCAAGCUCAGCAGACAGUUUCGUAGUCUCUCCGACGAAUGAUUUCUCAAAAGUUCUUGCUCAAUAUUUCAAGCACACCAAUAUUUCCUCGUUUGUGCGCCAGCUCAACAUGUACGGCUUUCACAAAGUCAGCGAUGUGUUCCACACGGGUAAUCCCGACUCAGCACUGUGGGAGUUCAAACACGGCAACGGCAACUUUAAGAGAGGCGACCUAGUUGGACUUCGAGAGAUCAAGCGAAGGGCCUCCCGCCACGCCCUCGUACAUCGCGAGUACAGCAACCAGAAGCCCACCCCAUCUCAGCCAGGAACCCCGUCAGAACCCAUGCCCCCAAUCCACGACAAUGCCGAUCCCCGAGUUGUUCCCGUAGAGCACGUCUACGAUCUCAGCGCAAGACUUACACGUAGUGAGGAGAAUGCCCACUACAUGCACAUCAAGCAGCAGGCUAUGGUCGAAACUAUCAAUCGAUUGUUGCAAUUCAACCAAGAGAUCUCCAGAGCUUUGCUGGCUCUCGUGCCUCCUGACAGUCCAGUCCACCGUGAUGUCGCGGUUCUUCAAGGCGAGAUUCAGCGUCACACGGACCAGUUCAGGACGAUCGACGAGCCGCACGAGCCCCCGUUCAGUGCACGCGGCCAGUAUUUCGCUGCCCUUGACAAUGCGCCUGUGUCGCCACGCCAGAUGGCGCAGGACGACCAGCGACGGCUAGGGCCUGGAGCAGCUCAAGCUCGAGGAAACUUCCACCGGCCUCCAGUCCCUUCAAACUUGUCUCUCGGAGCACGCCGGCCUUUUGGCUCGAUCGGAGGGCCGGGGACUCCCGGCGCACCAUCCUCACCGUCGCCGCUUCGUUCUCAGGCAGCUCCACCAGCGCCUGGCCCUCACCCCUUGGCGAAUGUCGAGCUUCCCCCCAGCUCUUUAGCUAGACGGCAUACCUCAGCUGACAUCCGCGCGCAUGGCUGGCAGCCAGCUCCUCCUCAUUACGUUGGUUCUGGACCGCCAUCUGGCCCUCCCUCGUCGCAAUGGCCGUCCUCUCCAAACCGGAUCGCGCCAGAAGACCAGCGCAUUCGAGAGUCUUUGUCUCAAUACUCUCUGCCAAAUGCCGCUCAACAACAGCAACAAUCCCGCUCGAGGCCAACAACUCCUCCACCCCCGCCGUUCUCGAAUGGAAUCAAUGGAGUUGACAGCUUCAAUAACUGGUCAUGGAACUCUGCGAGCCGCGAAAACAAGAACCUCGCCAUCAAGGACAGCUCUGGGCCACCCACUCGGAGGGGCAGCAUGGCGCAUAUCCUGAACCCGGCUGAGACCGCCGAGCGCGAUGAGAACGACGACUUGCGCGGCGACGAUGAUAGGAAGAGGAAGCGGCUGCAAUGA